AUGAAAGAAUUGGUGGAUGUUUUGUAUUACGAUCACAUCCUUUCAAAAUUGGCAAAUCUAUAUACACUCGACAGUAGAAGUGAUGAGAUUGUCCAGUACCAGAAGAUUGCUCAAAAAAUACUGAUUAAACUCCGUGCAGACAAGAUAGUGUUUGAUGCAGAAGUGGGAUUGAAGUUUGUGUAUGUGAAAAUGUAUGAUCUUCACUUUUCAUUUUCUAAGUGUGCAGGAAGAUUGCAUGUGUCCUGUUGUCCAAACCAUUAUCUUAAGUUUGUUAAAACAUCAUAUGAUUAUCUAAUGAAGAUUUCGCUUGAGUAUAAAUGCCUAACAGAGCACACAGGAUUUAACAAGCUUAUUUAUGUAAUUGCAAUGGCUGCCUUGAUGAAUUCUGUAACUUAUGAACAGUUUAUUAUGAUUAGCAAGGCAGAUCAUAAUGCGGCUACAAUUGGGUCAUGCCUUGAAAAACAUGGAAUUAAGAUCAUACGUAAGGAGGAUUUUGAAGAGAAAAAGGUAAAAGCGUUUAGAACUAUGGGAAUAGAGAUGAAAAAUGAAACAGAACAUUUGAACAAAUCAUUCCAGUUGAUAAUGGAUGAGCUCAAGAAGAUAUACUUGUCAUUUGGAUUUCCAUUAUUGCAGUUUUUUACAACAAACGAGAUGAUCAAGCAGAAGGGCGCGAAUCAGGACGAACUCAAGGGUAUUGAAGGAAUACCAAAUGAUGCAGAUAGCUACAAACAAAGUAUAAUAAAGGAGUAUAUGAACAUGAAGGCAGCACUCAAUAAGACAAGGAGUAUAUUUAUCAAUCCAAAAGAUAACGGAGAAAAGAUUGGAUGGGGACCUGAGAGCGAUCUGCAUAACUGA